GUACAAGUUACCAUUACAUACAGACACUGAUCUAGGAAAAGACGUUUAGAGAAAAGUUCCUGAAACGAUGCUGUUGUCAACUUUGAUUGUUUGUUUGCUUCUUGUAAAUAGAAUGAAUACUGAGGAACCGCACUGCUCUCGAUUCCACUACGAGGAUCAACUUUUGGAUAAAAUGAUUCGGUUAGAUGUGAAAGUUGAAGCGAUUGAAAAAAUGAUAACUAACACAAACAGACAAGUUUUAGAAACAGAUAAAAAUGUUAAGGAAACUAACUGCACUAAAAUCCGAAGGCAUAAAUUUCAGGAGGGAUUUUAAUGACCUUAAAACGAAGCUCAUGGACGAAUCAAAAAGGAUAAAAGAUACGUUGCUGACUCCUGCAGUAUCCUUCAAUGCCCGCCAACUAAAUGACCUCAGCCUUGAAACAGGUCAAACUGUCGUCUUUUCUAAGACCAUGGCGAACCAUGGCGACGCCUAUGAUAACGUUACUGGCAUAUUCACAGCACCAGUGGGCGGUACAUACGUGUUUACUAUUCAUCUGUGUGUGAACGGUGGUUAUACUUUCUAUUAUGACAUUAUAAGGGAUAGCGAAAUCCAAGCGUACGGGAGAUUCUACGAGGAUGGUUCCACUGCUUGUCACUCGGCAAAUGCCAUUAUGGUGCUGGAAGCCAGACAGAAAGUUUGGCUGAAGUGUCUAAUGGGAUCAACUUCAUCAGACAUCUUGUCGGAGUACGAUUCAACUUCGUAUAAUUACUGGAAUACAUUUUCUGGAGUGUUAAUUCAUAAGUAAAUGGCCGUGGAUGCACCUGUUUGAGAUGUUUAACCUGUCUUAUUUCCUUUCAAAACAUUGCCGUGUAAAGACAUUCUAACUGAAAAUAUGAAAGACGUUAGAGAAAUUCAUAUUCAUUAUGCAAAAACUUUGGCCUAUUGGAACUACAUUUAUCGGGAGAAAAAGAAGCAGUUUUUACACAGGACAACUUUUGACAAAACAUCACUGUAACACGGUGUAUGAUUGUUACCAAACUUAGCCGGAAGUUUACGAAAUAUAAUGGACAAGCAACGCAUUUUAAGUCAAAUCAAUGAUCGAAAGAAGGAGGAGGGUGUAUAUUUCGCUGGUGAAAAUCGCAAGAAAACGUAUGAUUAACAUAAUUUAUUGUUCACGGAACCCAAAAGUGAAAUGUUACGUCUGCAAUACUGUACAGUAGUAAUACACUGUCAUUUUCACUUACAUGAAGAUUUGAUUGAAGAGGGCGCGGAAUUGUUUUAAUUAUUGACGAGAAUGUAUUACUUUUAUAUCAUUUUAUGCACAAUUGCUUUAGAAUUGUACCUACCAAUAGGUUGUAUACGUUCAAUUUUUUUCAUUAAGGAAAAUAUUUACACUUUGAUUGUUCCUUGUAUAUCUGUUUUGCGUUCCUAUAUUUCUAAGUUACGUUCAGUGUUAACAAGCACAUAAAUUUUUCGUUUAGUGAGAUAACAUGGCACCCCAUUCAUCAUCCACAGAAUCACUUCAAGCUGUCAUAUAGAGUAUGCCUUAGAUCAUGAAUCCAAACAGGUUGUAUUAUUUAUUAUAUGCGAAAAUGCGGUGUGCAAUUUAUUUUCAAGAAACACUUUCGUUAUAUAUCCGAGAAACGCUGCAGAUCUUAGACAUCACAUCGUAUUUCUUCUUACUGCAUUUUGCAUCGUUGGAGCGUGUAGUGUAAUGGCUAAAUUUUGUAUUUUAUUUUUGAGUAUUUCUUUCAGAAGUUUAAGAUUUGAAAUUACACACAAAAAAUUAAUUAACAAAGUCAGACAAAACCUGUCAAAUCUGCAGUAGCUUCAGGGUGUAAAACAUCAGUGAAUUAUCUAACUUUAAUUACUAAGUUGACGGAAGUUUAAAAAUGUGUCUGCAAUGUUUUCCUGUAUUAUCCUACAUAAACUCAAUAUACACUGUGAUCUGAGGGAGGGAGCAGCCCAGGUGACGAGCUAGGGAACAUGGUCCCGCUCUGAUGAGCUGAAACUCAAUAAGCAUUGUUAAAACCUAGGUUAAAAUAUAUUUAUAGAUAAGAAAUUGUAUUAACAGAGUUGUCAACAUAACUGUUUUAAAAGACUAACUGAACAUUGAUUAUAUCGUUGAAAUUCGACUGAACAUUUAUAAGUAACUGUGCAUAUUGCUCUUCGUAGGAAAUAAAAAUGUUAGAACUGUCAUAAUGGUGUUGUGUUUUGAAGACAAACUUUAGGUGCAUCGGCCAGGCCACUAUACUACGUUACAAGCGAUAUUA